GCUUGAUGGCCGCGCCCUGCCCCUCCCGGUGAAUCUGGGAGCUGGUGACGGUUAGCGGGGCACGCUGCGGGCUAGCGCGGGUCCGGGAGCCCGUACGGCCGGCUCUCCGCAGGCCCUAUCGGCCCCGGCGGCCCAGUUUAUCCCGGAGGUCCGGAGACGGAUGGGCUCUUCGGGACCCCACGCCGCGUCAUUGGGGCUCUUCCCGGUUGCGCCAUGAUGAAGAUGCGAGGCCAGGUCCUUCCUGCAAAGCGCCGCCCUCUGGUUCAUGAGACAGCUUCUCGGGCGUGCAGUUAGACUCUGGCCGCCCGCGCUCUGCUCCGUCUCCCUGGAAACCCUGAGUCUCUGUCCUUGGGUGACUGAACCCACAGCUGUCCAGCAAUCGGCAGCUCGCCUCCAGUUCGGGCAGCUGUUGUUUUUAAGUCACCCCUUUCACGGACACCGAAAAUUGGCGAGUAUUUUCUCUCAGGUUGCCUCAGUGAACUCUUGGGAGUGUCCUUUUUCUAAACUAAACCGACUUAUAAUAGUUGGCUUAUUCUAAUUUGAAUUGGAGUUCGGUGCAUGAGAUCCCUGGCCACUGAAUGUAAACCCUCCGAAGGCAGGGACUGGCUUGGCCCUCUUUGUGACCUCCUGUACAGUGGGCAGGAUUUUGUGAAGAGUCGGCAUAUAGUAAACGUUUGCACCCAGUUUUCUCUGAGUCAUGAACCCACCCCGAGGAACCACAUCUGAGAAAAUCCUGCCUAUGUCUGCAACGUCCGCUUGGAUUUCUCAGGUUUAUUCAAGGAUGGAGAAUCUUCAGCCGUGCUAAAUAUAUUACCUUCAACUUAGUCAGAUGGCUUUGCAAAGAAAAGGGCUGCAGGCAAGGAUUCUCAGCUCUGAGGAAGUGGAGAAAUUGAAAAGAGACCAAACUUUAGUGUCUGAUUUUAAACAGCAAAAACUGGAACAAGAGGCUCAGAAGAACUGGGACCUUUUUUACAAAAGAAAUAGUAUUAAUUUCUUCAAAGACAGACACUGGACCACCAGAGAGUUUGAAGAGCUCAGAUCAUGUAGGGAGUUUGAAGAUCAAAAAUUGACUAUGCUUGAAGCUGGUUGUGGGGUUGGGAACUGUUUAUUCCCGCUUUUAGAAGAAGACCUGAAUAUUUUUGCUUAUGCCUGUGAUUUUUCUCCAAGAGCUGUUGAAUAUGUCAAGCAAAAUCCUUUAUAUGACACAGAAAGAUGCAAGGUAUUCCAGUGUGAUCUAACUAAAGAUGACCUUCUGGAACAUGUGCCCAUAGAGUCUGUGGAUGUUGUCAUGUUGAUAUUUGUGCUAUCUGCUGUUCACCCUGAUAAGAUGCACCUUGUCUUGCAAAACAUUUACAAGGUGUUAAAACCAGGCAAAAAUGUCUUGUUUCGUGACUAUGGGCUCUACGAUCAUGCCAUGCUUCGGUUUAAAGCCGGCAGCAAACUUGGAGAAAACUUUUAUGUUAGGCAAGAUGGAACCAGAUCGUAUUUUUUUACUGAUGAAUUCCUGGCUCAGCUCUUUAGGGAUGCAGGUUAUGAAGAAGUGGUGAACGAGUAUGUAUUUCGUGAGACUGUAAAUAAAAAAGAAGGCCUGUGUGUACCUAGAGUUUUCCUUCAGAGCAAAUUCCAAAAGUCUCCAAGGAACCCAGCUCCUCUGACACUGGGCCUGGGUCACAAGUCCUGACCUGUCUUGAGGUUGAUAUUUAUGUUCCUCUUUGUAGAGGAAAGUUUAGAGACAAUCUCUCUUGUAUAUUUUUAUAUUUUGACUUUCUAAAAUGAGUAUAUAAAAUUUUUAUAUUGAAGAGAAGCAAGUGUUGUGUGUCUGUUAAAGAAAUGUAAAUAAAAUUUGCAAGGCCUGAAAAGUAAAGGAAGUUUUAUGGUAUAACAUAAUUUAGCCAUGUCGUCUUGACUAUAAAAUUCCAUGAAGGAAAACGUAAGGCCCCUUAGCACUUAAAGAGAUCCUUGUCAUUACUCUUGUGAAUCUCUGAGUAUCCCUCUAGGCAGCAUGUCAGACAACCCUGUAGAAAAAUGAGACUAAAUAACACAUCAAUAUGUAUUUUUAGCUCGAAGGAUUGUUUUUUGUUUUUUUUCCAGUGUCUCAUAUGUGCCCAUUUUUCUCCACUCAUACUCAUUUAUGUAUCUCUUUAAGACCAGUGUUUCACAAAUGCCACUUUUGCUUGCUAUGUCUCAAGAAUUCACUGUAGGCCCUGUGCCUUACUUUUGAGACUCUCUGUAAUUGGGCCAGUCUCUGGCCACACUGCACAAGGAAAGAAGGAAGGCCACCACCUACCUUCAUCUCUCCGCUGCAGCUUCUCCAGGAAUGCAGCGGAUGGACUUCCCAGCUCCUACUAGGACAUGAGGAAACAGUGGCUAGGAGGUAAAUGACUGACAUGGCCAAAGUUACAGAGCUAGUCUUGUUGGAGAAUAUGGGGAAAACCUUAAAUAAUGGCCUGCUGACCUGUUUACCAAGCAUUCCUAUAUAAUGACUUUUACUUUAUGAAAUAAAAUUAAAGUUCUUUUGACCUGCUAA